AACCUCAGUAAUCGGGAUAUAUAAGGUAUGUCGAGAGGAUUCACGAACGCGCACGCUUGUACCUUCCAAAAGAAAUCGAAUACAAUAGACGUGCAUCCUUUUGUGAAAAAGACUUAUUCAAAAGAUAAUGCUCAUUGAGUUCGAUCAGGCGCGCGCUGGGGGAUACGAGUAUCCGCUGUACAUCAAUCGAGUGAUAGCACUUAGAAACCAGUGGGUGUCUUAAAGUACUGAAGUGACAGAUAUGUUCCGACCUCGAUCGUCAAAGGCAAGUGUAUCUUUGUACGUGCCGCUAGGCGUAACACAAAAUGCAAGCCAAGAUGACAUAGAAAGGGCAUACAUAUUGCUUCACAAGAAAUACAAACAGGAUGUAAAUGAAGGAAAGGCAGGAUCUAAAGGAAAGUUGAAGGAGAUUGAGAAGGCUUAUUGCAUUCUGGGCGAUCCGUCGAAGCGAGCGAUUUACGACAAACAUGGAACGGUGAAAUGGUGGGCAAAGAUUCGGCAUUCAUUUUCCCCAGAAUCUCUCGAUAAACGUAGCUCAGCCGUAAAAGGUCUAUGGACAUUCUGCUUUACAGCCACUUGCUGUUGCUUCUGCUACUGUUGCCACCACUGCUGCAACACGUGCACACCACAGACAUGCGAUCACGACGACGACGAGAUCUACAUCCGGGAAAACUUUGGAGAUUACCUUAGGGAGGGCAACUACACCCCAUCCCCUUUCAAUCGAAGACGCCAGAAGGAAGACCUGAAGCAAGCAGCACGGAGGAGACGAAGGGACAUGUACAUGAAGAAGGGUCAGGCAAAGUCCAAAGGCAUCUGUCAGCAAAAGGAUGGGGGAAAACCAGAGGGCACACAGGACAUUGACAAGACCCAAGGUAAAGAGUAUCAACUGAAGAGGAUCAGCAAGAAGUCGUUGAUCAGUAAGGACAGUGGAUGCGACGUAGGAUUGGACAACAAUGGAUACUUCUAUGAUAUGGAUGAGGGCAGCAUCCAUGACAGUGAAGGUUUCGUUGAGGAGAUUGAAUUGGACGUCCACUGCAAAGGGGCUCAAGGCAAUCAAGGAAACUCUCCCAGUUUGGAUACUAUAGAAUGUUCCGAUGACACUAUUGAGUGUUCUUUUGCUGAUGUACACUGCAAAGAAGACCAAGAAAGCUCGGUCAACGAACAGAGUGAUGACAAAGACACCUUGAACCACAUGCACCAAGAAACACCUCCAGAGUCAGAUACUGUGAAUGUUCUUGAUGAGAUAAACCUUGGACAUUGUUCGGUGGAUGUCCACAACAAAGAGGAAGACAACUCAGUUGAUGAACACACUAACCAGGACCAAGAUAACUCGGACCACCUUCGGAACUCACCUGCAUCAGAUACUUUGGAUGAUCCCAAAUUGACCAACCUUGAACCUUCAUUAGUGGAUAAACAAAGCAUUGAAGAUCAAGGCUACUCAGCAGAUGUAGACACUGACAAAGAUAACUUGAACCAACAAGGGAACUCAUUAGUUUCAGAUACCGUUCCUGGUCCCAAUGAGAUUAACCAAGGACAUUCUUCUUUGGACGUCCAGAGCAUAGAUUGUCAAGACAGCUCAGAGGAUGAUCAGUCCGUAAAAAGCGAAAAAGAUCAAGAAAUCUCGGACCAUUUAGGGAAAGCUUGUGAUUCAGAUACUUCAAGUGGUCCUGAUGAGGUUGACCUAUAAUAAUCAUGAAAUUAACAAAUCAUCUCAGUACUGUAUACAUCUUCAUGAAUGUCUAGUGGUUGCGUUCCUGCAAUGUUGAUGAGGUCCAUGGUUCAAAUCUUGCAGCGGCUUAAGUAGUGUCAUUUAUCGAGGCAUGAACCUUUGAUUGCUUCUUUCCACACAAAAGUAUUAUUAGUAACCAGGGGGGUACUUUAUUACGUUUUGCAAAGAGUUGCACAUGAGUUUGCUUCAUUUAUACUCUUCUUCUUCUCCCCCCUUUUUCCUCCAUUUUUCUCUUUAAAAAUAAUGGGGAAGGUGGGGAGGGGGUCACCCCCCUGCCCCUGUGGCUUUGUCUCUUAAUUUGACUUGUAUUAUUAUCCAUAUAUUAUUUUUUCAAUCCAAACUAUGAAAAAGUAAUAAUGUGGCUAAUUAAAAAAUUCCAAACAGAUUUUUCUAGACCCUAGGAAUAUUUUGAAUCUUGAGUCCGAGUACAUGUCCAAUAUACCAUUGGCAAAAUAUCCUAUGUUAGAUUUUUAUUCAUGUUUAUUUAAUAGCUUGACUGUAUUUUGUUCAGAAAAUUAACUUGAUUAAUGUCACCAGCUGUGUACUAUAACAAAGGUGCAAUUAUCAUUUUAUAUGUGUAAUAUAUUUUUUUAUUUGUGUCUGAAGCCCACCUUUUUAAGUUUUGUGUGCUCUGAUAUGAGGAAGUAAAAUAAACCAGGAAAACAUGCAAGUUAUUCUGUAACUCAGCAAAUAGUAAAUAAUUUCAGAACAUUCAAAAAGGUUUUCAAAUCAUUUGAAGGUUUUUACAACAUUCUUAGAGUGGUCUGAAUUGAGUGUGUUUGAUACAUCAAUAACACAACUGAGUGACUGGAUCCCAUUUCAUUAAGACUUGCUAUAAUGAAAAAUGGUCAAUUUCUAUAACAAGUUCACUUUAAGCCAAUCAACUGAAAGAAAUCAGUAGCUUUAAACUGUACUUGUAUAUGUGUUACUACAACAUGUUUUAUGAAAUGGAUCCCAGAAGUGCGAACCUAAAAUGUCAAUAUAAUGUAUGCACUCAUCUUUCAUACAUUAUUGUACAGUGGUAGUAUGAGGCAAGGAUUUAUGAUGAAUCUGAAAACGGCAGAUUCAAUAUAAUAACAAACUCAGUCUGGAAUUUUAUAAAUAUAUCCCCAGAAAAUAAAAAAAUAUAAUAACAGGAGGGGUGAAUUAAUUUCUAUCACAUGCGAAGUUUUACUAGAACUUUAUAAAAUUCUUAAAAUGUUGCCUUUUUAAAUGACAAUGUUGUUGUAUAAAGUCUUAAUGUGAAUAAAUGAUACUAAGAAUAUAUUUAUAAUUCUCAGAUGGUAUAUAUAUGUAACAGUUCAUCUAACCAGGGAAUUGUUUGUACUUCUUUGAUCUAACACUGACACAUCACAUUAUAUGUGAGAAGAAUUUUGUAGGGAACUAUUUUUGAUACAGCCUUAUCAUUCCCAAUGACCACCGUAUUGAUGGGGACCACCAUUCAUAAGACAUGUCUGGCAAUCGAUAUUACAUGAAUCAAACAGUAUGCUAACCAUAUCAGUAAUGUUUCUAUUUAUCGAUGACUGCUUUAUUAGUUAUGUAUGAUAAAAUGCAUCGAAAUAUAGAAAUGUUGGUCCUUAUGAAUGGCAAUAUUACUUGUUUCCUUUUUAAGUUAUGGGUUCUCUUUAUACCACUUUAUGUUUAUGCAAUUUGUUUUAUAUUUUUAUAUCAAUUUGUUUUGCACUUUGUGCAAAUUAAUCAAAUAGAAAAAUUAAAGUAACCAAGAGCAAUAUCAUGUUUGUAAAGCAGAUAUAUCCAUAUUAUAUGUAGGAUUGAAAAAUCGAGAUAAGUGUAUACAAUAUGAAUAAGUGAAACUUAAAGAGAAGACAUCAAUUUUGUACAUUGACAACAUCCAAGAGUUCUUGGUACGAUGGCUAGGCCUAAAGAAGUGCCAAAACUUCAUCUCAAGUUAUAAGUCUAGGAGUACUGCUCAAAAAUUACGUACCAGACAUGGAAAUAUCUUAUCUAUCUUAAACUAGAACACCAGGGCCAGUAAUUUAUAUAAUCUGUUUAAUAGUUAAGACAUACUUAUUUUUGUACCAUUUUUUAAAAUUUAUGCUAUAAGCUCAUCUACAUGUAUGUCAUUGUAAUUGCAAAUAGAAACAAAAUAUCCUUAUCAUUAACUUCAGUUGUCUUUAUCAAGUUUCUUAUCUGAUCCAAGAAAUCCAGUUGCCUAAUCAAAAGUGCUAUGACUGAAGAACCCACCAAAAAUCUAUAUUCAUGAUUUUAACUGAAAAAAAUGAAAAUAAUCUUCAUGUACUUCUUCCGCUGUUACUAACAUUUUUAUGUGUGUGAAUGACACAGUAAUUACAAUUUCCACUGUGCUUUGAUGUUAGAUUUUUAAUAUUGUACACUGCAAGCAAGGGCAAUUUACAUGUCUGUAUAUUUAUUUUGUAUAUCAUAUUUAAUAACUUAUUAAAAGACCUGUUAUAACUUGAAUUAAAUUCAAGGAUUAUUCUAUGCCGAGGUACCUUGUAACAAGGCCAUCAUAUAACAUGUCGUAAUAAAUACAGGAUAAUACAUGUACUUGGAAUCCAAUUUGCGUAUAUUACUUGGUGCUGUGUAACGCAAGCCAAGUCAAGCUUUCAGGUUGUCAAGAAGAACUUGUUUAUGAAAGUAUAUAACAUUUGAAUGUUAUUAAAUAGAUCUAUUGGCAUCAUAAGCUAGAAUUUAUGUAUACACAGAGUAUUAUGAAAAGAUCAAAUGGAAAACUUAACUCAAUAAAAUUGAACAUUUGUACUCUGGA